AUGAAUAAAACGGUCAGGAUACUUCUUAUUCUGGUCACAGUAUUUUUGAAAGUGCAAUGCAAUAGUGCUCAUGACGAUGAGGCUGCCGAUGUUCUGAGUCACGCCAACAUCGAUGACUUCAACAAUUCAUCAGAUCCAAAUCGCAACGCAGGAGAGCAAGGCGACACCAUGGGAGAGGACGAGGAUCGGCUGGUCAUAGAUCUCUUCAGAGAGUACAACUUCCUGAUUAGACCAGUUAGGAAUGUGAGUAGUCCGCCGGUGGUUGUGGACUUUGGAGUUGCGAUGAUACUUCUGAUUAAUGUGGAUGAAAAGAAUCAGAUUCUCCAAACAAAUGUUUGGUUAACAAUGAAGUGGAAUGACUUUCAGUUGGCUUGGAAUCCAGCAGAAUACGGCAACAUCUCCAAUCUUCACGUACCAUCCGACAGAGUGUGGCUGCCUGACAUCGUUCUCUUCAACAAUGCCGAUGGAAACUAUGAAGUCUCAUUCAAGUCAAAUGUCUUCGUGGACCACCAUGGGGAUGUUACAUGGGUUCCACCUGCAAUGUUCAAGAGCAGUUGUCGUAUUGACGUUGAGUGGUUUCCAUUUGAUGAACAAUGCUGUACUUUGGUGUUUGGCUCAUGGACUUAUAAUUCAGAAGAGGUCCGGUUACAUUGGUACAAUAAUAUUCAAGCAGUCCAGUUGCACGAUUACUCUUACUCUGGAAUCUGGGAUGUCAUUGAUGUGCCUGGUCAACUAGUUCACAAACCUGAUUUGAAAGAGAACAAAAUGGUUUUCAAUGUUGUUAUAAGAAGAAAAACCUUAUUCUACACAGUGAUCCUUAUCAUUCCAACUGUUCUUAUGGCGUUCUUAUCCGUCAUGGCAUUCUACCUGCCAGUGGAUUCCGGAGAGAAAGUCUCAUUAACAAUUUCCCUUCUCCUUGCUCUUGUUGUGUUCUUGCUGCUGGUUUCAAAAAUUCUCCCACCUACUUCAAACAUUCCACUUAUGGGAAAAUAUCUGCUUCUUGCAUUUGUACUCAACAUUGUCGCAGUUGUGGGAACUGUGGUUAUUGUUAACAUCUAUUUCCGAAGUGCACUCUCCCAUAAAAUGCCGACAUGGGUUAGAAAAGUGUUUUUGGAGUUUUUACCACAUUUACUGGUUAUGAAAAGGCCAGAACGAAUACCUAUCUUCAAUGGGUACUUUGUUGAAGAGUACUGUGCAUCUGAGAUUUUCGAUGCAAGCUUGGUGAUGCCGUCAAUGACAGCAACAAUGCUUCCAUUCUUGCAAGUGACAGCUAACAUGAAAGAAGUUAGUUCCACAAGUUCUGGACAAUCAUCUGAACACCAUGAGAAUUGUUCAAAAUGGAAAAAGAGACUGUCGAUAAGAAUGUCAAGAAAGAGAGCUCCCAGGGCACGUCUGGAUGAUGACAGUGAAGACAUUGUAGAUGAUUCUAAUGGGAACCAUGUGGAUUCAUUGCAAGAGAAAAUCAGCAAAGAGAUGAAAACAACAGUAGAAGCAAUCGCGUACAUUGCGGAGCACAUGAAAAGAGAAAUGAGCCUCAAGAAGAUGCGGGAUGACUGGAAAUAUGUUGCAAUGGUGUUGGAUCGUCUUAUCUUGCUGAUAUUUUUUGGGGUGACAUUGGGAGGAACGUUGGGGAUCAUUUGUUCUGCACCACACGUAUUCGACUUUGUUGAUCAAGAAGCCAUCAUCAACAAAUUGAAUGCAAAAUACCUGCCAUCAGAUAUGUAUUCUUAA